UUUGUUUGCCUGGGAAUGACUACAAAACCCCGAAUUCCUCCGAAUCUUUCCUUUGACAGACGGAGGCUGUGUUUCCUGUGUGUGUGUGUUUUUUAAGGAGGAAACUGGAAAGUUUUCAUUUUGAGAAGGCGUGAAAAAAACAAAACAAAAACACACUUAAGAACGAAAACAAAACAGAAGGCGCACGUUGCCUUGACAGUGAUGCCGGAGUGUGGAAGAGAGUGCCGGGGGCAGUGCCCUCAAUAGCAGUCACCACGGCGCGGGACAUCAAGCCGACAGUCUGCAGAGUCGUCAUCUACCUACAGAGGGGCAUGUCUGGAGAGUCCUGCCUGACCAAGCUGUGCCCGUCGCUGCCAGGGCCAACCCCCCCCGGGGGCAAGCCCAAGACCUGCAGCUACAAAGGGAGCCCCAACCACAAUUACGUGCGUCUGAACGUAGGGGGCGCUGUCUACUUCACCACUGUGCAGGUGCUGACCCGGCAGGACACCAUGCUCAAAGCCAUGUUCAGUGGCAGGAUGGAGGUGCUCACUGAUAAGGAAGGCUGGAUCCUGAUUGACCGCAGUGGGAAGCAUUUUGGCUCUAUUCUGAACUACCUGCGAGACACCACCAUCACAUUGCCCAAGAGCCAGCAGGAGAUCAGAGAGCUGCUGGCAGAGGCCAAGUAUUACCUCAUUCAGGGGCUGGUGCAGAUCUGCCAGACGGCGCUGCAGGUAAAGAAAGACUUGUAUGAGCCGGUCUGCACUAUUCCCAUUGUCACCUCUUUGAAGGAGGAGGAGAAGCUGAUUGAGGCGUGUACCAAGCCGGUUGUGAAACUGCUGUACAACAGAAGCAACAACAAGUAUUCCUACACCAGUAACUCCGACGACAACCUGCUGAAGAACAUCGAGCUGUUUGACAAGCUGUCCCUGCGCUUCAACGGGAGAGUCCUCUUCAUCAAGGACGUGCUCGGAGACGAGAUCUGCUGCUGGUCCUUCUACGGGCAGGGCCGCAAGCUGGCAGAGGUGUGCUGCACCUCCAUCGUCUACGCCACGGAGAAGAAGCAGACCAAGGUGGAGUUUCCAGAGGCUCGGAUCUACGAGGAAACCCUCAACGUGCUGCUGUACGAAACCCCUAGGGUCCCUGACAACUCCCUGCUGGAGGCCACAAGCCGGGGGUCCCACCGGGGGUCUCACAGCGAGGACGAGGAGGGCACAGAGUUGCGGGACCGGGUGCGGCGCAUCCACGUCAAGAGAUACAGCACUUACGACGACCGGCAGCUGGGACACCAGCCAGGCUACAGAGACUAACCCCACUGGUCAGCCCAGAGACGGGGCUCUCUUACAGGCACGCAAAGCUGGGUCCAAGCCUGAUGCACCACCUGAAGGAGUGGGCUUCAUGGCAGCUAUUCUUUUUAAGUGAUUGUCCCGUUUCUGGUUGUCCACUUUCAUGCAGUUGCAUGCAGUCAGUGUCGGUCAGUUUGGUUGCUUGGCUAUGCUGUAGGUGUGCUUGGGUGCAAACCCAACUCAACAAACUCAACCACUGGUGGAUGAGCUAGCGUUCAAGCCCAGGGUCUGGUGGCUGAGCUGAGGUUCAAGCCCAGGGUCCUCCGCAUCGCUUCAGGGACUUCAUCCUUCCCACACAUCGCUUUUACUUUGUAACUUCAUUUAACUUGUACAGUGUGUUGUGUAGAGAAAUACAACCCACCUUGUUUUAAGAGACUAACUCAACUAACCAGAAACUACUUCUCUUUUUAAUAAAUAGAUAUGGUUUAUUCGAAGUGGAAUACACAAGUUUUACAAUCUGGACUAUAUUGUCAGUGUGUGUAGAUAACCCUGAGUGCCUUUUAACGCGGAUGACACUACCUGAUAUUGAGAGAGAGCUUAAACUCAGCUUGCAUUACUAGUCUUUUUUUUAUAUUGGUAUGAAAACGAUAUUUAUUAUAUAUCUUUUAUAGCUAUUUUCAGUGUUUUAUGUUUGCACUGUGACACAGCCAACCCUUCAUCUCUAACAAUGGACUAACUAGCCUUUCAGUCAGCCUUCUGUAGCCUCCCCUGCACUGUUACCAGAGCGAUCAGGUCUUGAAUCUAAUGUCAGCUGUGCUCUACAGCCUGAAAAGGGCAACAGUCCUGAAGCUGAGGGUAGGUAUCUGAACAGACACCACUCCGAGGAAGAGCUCUGACACUGUGGUGUGUGUGUGUGUCGUUAGAUCAGUCUGCUCUCGGCUUGAGCAGGGGGUAGCUGUGCUCGCUGACCGGCAGUCGCUUGCACAAUGUUCGUUUUUUUAAAAGUGUGUUUUAGUAUUUAGUACCGUUGUUAGAUUCUAUUCUUUUUCUGCGUCAGUUUCGGGUUGUUUUUUGGGGGGGGGGGGGGGGGGGGGAGUAGUAUUUUAAAUGUAUUUUAUUCAUAUCAAUAAUAUUAAACAAUACUGUAGACCAAGUUCUGUUAUAACUGGAGAGCUCUGGUUUCUGUAAAUCGAAAAUGAGUGAAUCAGUGAAUCUCUCUGUAAAAAUGAAUAAACUAACUGACUGGCAGGAUGUUCUGCGUGAUCAUAACACUACAGCAGUUGCACGACUUAUCAGCGUGACUGGGGCCAAGUGUAAAACUCCCAGUGCAUAGCAGUUUGAUCCAUUCCAUGUUUUACUGUUAUCUUUGUGAUCUGUGAGUUUAUAGUACACAAGAUAAAAUUGUGCAUACGUUUUAUUUAGAUGGGAAAACAACCCAAUGAAACGAAGCAGCCUGUGAAAAAAACACAAUGCAUUUUAUUCAAAUCAAGUACAUAGUAAAACCUGGGCCGGAUCAGAAUCCUUAACUGUACUCUGAUUUAUGACAUGAAGUGAAAUAUUUGUCCACUUGACUGCUCCCCCUUGAGGAUAGAUAUGGGCUCUUAUUUCCCAUUUCAUCUCCUGCACGAGGAGGUGUAUCGAGGGCAGGAGGGUGUGUGAAUCAAGUCUCCAGUUACGAUCCCAACACUAUAAAGCCUCGCCUCACCACAACACAGAAGAAUGAUGCUAGUUGUUAUCUGUGGUAAUGUGUACUUUAAUGAACCUGUCUAAUGAAAAGUGAAUGAUUUACGACUUCAUGUUUUACAUAUAUACCGGUAACACACAUACAAAAAAACAAAUAAAUAUCUGUGAAAUA